AUGUCAUUCGUAGUUAAAAGUCGCAACGCGCAAGGCACGGCGUUCGAGAGACGCUUAGCUUCAGCUGCUGCUUUUCAUGACAAGGUGACCUUUUCCCCUGCCCCUUGUCCCCUGUCCCCUCUCCCAUGUCCCCUGCCCCCUCUCCAUGUCCCCUGUCCCCUUAUCCCGCUAUCCCCUUUCCCCCUGUCCCCUUAUCCCGCUAUCCCUUUCCCCCUGUCCCCUUAUCCCGCUAUCCCCUUUCCCCCUGUCCCCUUAUCCCGCUAUCCCCUUUCCCCCUGUCCCCUUAUCCCGCUAUCCCCUUUCCCCCUGUCCCCUUAUCCUCCUGCCCUCCUGCCCUUCUGCCCCCCUUCAUCACAAGCGGAGAAGGUGCGAGCAGCAGGGGGAGCAGAGGCAACAGCGUGUCUGCUGGGGGUGCCUCUGGGGGGCCACAACUCCAGCUUCCAGCAGGGCCCUGCCUUCAAAUCCUUACCGCCCUCCAUUCAUGUUCCCUUACUCCGUCUAUCCACUUCUUCUUUCUCUAACAUCACAGGCGGAGAAGCUUCCAGCAGGGCCCUGCCUUCAAAUCCUAACCGCCCUCCAUUCAUGUUCCCUUACUCCGUCUAUCCACUUCUUCUUUCUCUAACAUCACAGGCAGAAAAGCCCAACCUGUCCCCUGUCCGCCUGCCUUUCUGCCCUCCUGCCCCCCUGCCUGUUGCAUCACAGGCAGAGAAGGUGCGAGCGGCGGGGGGGGCAGAAGCCACAGCGUGUCUCCUGGGCGUCCCGCUGGGGCACAACUCCAGCUUCCUGCAGGGCCCUGCCUUCGCCCCUCCCCGUAUCAGGGAGGCGAUUUGGUGUGGCUCCACCAACUCGUCCACAGAGGAAGGCAAGGACCUGAACGACAUUCGCGUGCUCACAGACGUGGGGGAUGUGCCCGUGCAGGAGAUGCGGGAUUGUGGGCUGGAUGACAGUCGACUCAUGCGCACUGUGUCUGACUCCGUGCGCCUCGUGCUUGCUGAGUCCCCUCUCGCUCCAUUGGUGCUAGGAGGCGACCACUCCAUCUCCUUCCCGGUGGUGCGGGCCGUAUCAGAGCAUCUGGGCGGCCAGGUGGACAUUCUCCACUUCGACGCGCACCCAGACAUCUACCACGCGUUCGAGGGCAACCACUAUUCCCACGCCUCGCCCUUUGCUCGCAUCAUGGAGUCUGGAGCGUGCCGGCGGCUGCUGCAGGUGGGCAUUCGGUCGAUCAACGAGGAGGGGCGGGCGCAGGGCAGGCGAUUUGGCGUGGAGCAGUACGAGAUGAGGCACUUCCAUCGCAAUCGAGAGAUGCUUGAGAACCUGGAGCUGGGAAAAGGAGUGAAGGGGGUGUACGUCUCUAUCGACAUAGACUGCCUCGACCCCGCAUUUGCGCCGGGUGUCUCCCACAUUGAACCGGGCGGCCUCUCCUUCCGCGACGUCAUGAACAUUCUGCAGAACCUCAAAGGCAAUGUGGUGGCGGGUGAUGUGGUGGAGCUGAACCCACAGCGCGACACAGUGGAUGGCAUGACAGCCAUGGUUGCUGCCAAGUUUGUUCGCGAGCUCGCAGCUCGUAUCUCCAAGUAG